AUAUGCUUUUCUUGAUUUCAUUAAUUGGAAUUGUAUAUUCGACAUAAUUAACACUUGUGAAACCUUCUUUGAUUGUUCCAUCUACAAAGAAUGAUUCAAUACCUGUAAAUGUGGCAGAUUUUGGCUAUGUUCCAUAUGGAAGAUCAGUGAGUGGAAACUUAACCUAUAUAGAAAAUACUUGUAAUCCACUUAACAUAACUUUGAAUUCAACUAUUGUAUUGACUAUGGGAUCAAGUUGUAAAUUUUUAUCUUAAGCAAUGAAUGUCUAAUUAGCAGGUGCUAAAAUGCUUGUCAUUGUAUAUAAUCACGAAGAAGACAUUAGUAAUUUUUUAUUAAUUGCUGAAUAUGGUUCAGAAUAAUCAUUUAUACCAACUAUGAUGAUUAAUAAAGUUGAUGGUGAAUUUUUAAUAGAAAAAUUGAAAUCAUUUCCUGAUAUCUAAGUAUCAGUCACCUUUGAAUUGAAAUAACAAAAAAUUGUAGAUUUAUAAUACUUUUUAUCAUCUUUUGAUGUAUUCUCAUAUUUGUUUCUUGAAGAAUUCUUUCCAUUUGCUAAAUAAAUGAUAAAUCAAUUGACUUUUAAUCCUAUUUACAUUCAAUUUUAUUGUAAAGAAUGUGAAAAAACAGGAUAUAAAGCUACUAAUCAAAAUUGUAUUAGUGGUGGUAGAUAUUGUGCAUAAGAUCCAGAUUUAGAUGGUCCUUUAACUGGAAGAGAAGUUAUUAUGGAAGAUCUUAGAUAAUUAUGUAUUUUAUAAUAAAAUGAUCUAAUUACUUGGUGGAAUUAUAUGAUCCUAUUUAAUUAGUUUUGUUUCAAUGAUUAUCAAGAUUGUCCUUCUACAAUUAUGAAAUCAAUCUCAAUUAAUGAAACCAAAAUCAAUUAUUGCAUAACCGAUUCAUUUACAGGAAAUGAUACAUUAUAUGAUGAUAAUAUUAUCUUAAAAGAACAAAGAUAAUAAAUUAUGAGAAAUCAUUAAGUUUAUUGGCCAUCAUUAUUUAUUAAUGGAGAAUUUUAUAAAGGAGAUCUUUUUCUUAAUAAUGUUGAUGAAAGUACUAUUUUUAAUGUUGAUGAUUUUGCUGUUCUUGAAGCCAUUUGUGAUGCUUUCCUUGCUGAAUUUAGACCAUAAUUAUGUGAUACUACAGGAUUUUUCUCCAUUAAAGAAGGAGAACUCACAGAUUGUAAUUUUAUUCUAUUUAUUAUUAGAAAAAAGUCCUAUCAUCACAGUUCUUAUUUGGGUUGGAAUUUCUUUAUUCAUAUGUUUUUUCUUAUUUGCCUCCUUCCUUUUAAUAAGAAGAAUGAUGUUAAAAAAAGUUAGAGAUGAUAUAGGAUCUUAAGUUGAUAAUCAUCUAAAAAACUAUUUUAGGAUGCCAUAAGCUCAAUGA